GCAUAACAACUAAUCACUACAAUUCUACAUCAAAAAAUAUUUCUUUCUUAUAUCAAAGAGAAAAAUGGAAAAGGAAAUGUGUGACAUUUCUCAUACAUGGGAUGGUGAAAAUGGAAAUUCAGUUGAAAAGAGGCUUAGGCUAUUUGGCUUUGAGCUAAAUCCAACAAAAAAUAAUGAAGGGCUUGUGAAAGAGUCUAAUAAUGAAGGAGAUGAAAGUGUGAAUUCAUCUAACUCAAUUUCAUCCGGAGGAGAGAAAAUUGUUGAAGAGAAAACCUCAACUAGAGGCCAAGAUGAGAGAAAAUUUGAGUGUCAAUAUUGUUUCAAAGAAUUUGCAAACUCACAAGCAUUAGGAGGUCAUCAAAAUGCACACAAGAAAGAAAGAAUGAAGAAAAAAAGAUUGCAACUUCAAGCUAGAAAAGCUAGUAUAAACUAUUACCUACAACCUUUUCAAACCAAUAACCAUCAUGGUAGUUUUGCUAAUUACCAUGGAAAUGAUACUCAUAAUUGGUUUUAUGACCCUUCUUCUUAUAAUAACUCUGAAUUCUCCUUGUGUGAAGAAUCUCAAAUUAGUUUCAAGUCAAAUGUUCAUGACACUACCAACUCUUUUGUUGAUCAAAAAUCUAGUUGGUAUUCUUUGCCUUCACAUAAUCCUCCUUCUCAACAAGAUAAUUGCAUGUUUACUUUCUCCAAUAAAGAUGAUAGGCCUUUCAUCUUUAAGCCUUCUUCAAACCAAAUUCAUACUAAAGGUUUAGAUCUUCAACUAGGCCUCAAUUUGAAGUCAAGUACAAAAAGGACAUAAUUUUGCAUAGGACAUAUCGUAAAAGUUUCAUUUUUUCCUUGAAUUGUUUGAAUGUCUCAAUUCUCAAUCAUCAAGGAAAGGGAUAUGAAAAGGAAAAAAAAUAUCACUAUUCGUUAGAAUUGGUUUGUCUUGACCCAGCCGUUACAGAGCCAAUUACUAAAGUAUGACUAAUAAUUGUUUACACAAUUUAUACGAUUCUUACAGUGUAUUUAUUUUAUAUGAUAUAUAGCAAUUGGCAAUUACAUUCAAUGUUUUACAUACAAAGCACAUAUACAAUUCUUAUAGUGUAUUAAUUUAUUUUAUUUCAAAUUAACAAUGUUUUGUAUCGGAUAAAA